GGACAGGAAGUGGAGAAGCAUGGUUAUUUAUAAACAGCAGGGACCAUUCGUUGGUCCAUAUCAAACUGCUGAUCCACCAGAAUCAACCCGAUGACGCAUGAGGCCCGGGCCUGAGGCUUCCCAAGGCUGAAUGUUUGUUGACGAUGAUGAUAAGUACCUCAGGCAGUCAUCAGCCCACCUUCCUCUUCUUCUCUUCCAUUUCUUCUCUUGCCUUCGGAUCAACAUCUCAUCUUUCUCCUUUCUCCUUCCUCCAUCUCCUUACUUUCCUCACUCGAGUCACUUUAGGCAACCUCUUUUCCACUCAACCCACCUGCCAACCAUGGGAUUUGCCUCCAAGAUCGCCAAUAGUCAACCUCCCACAAUGAGUGCCAAUCCAUCCGGUUACAGCGGAGCUCCUCCAACCGGAUACACGGGCGGACCUCCAGCAUCAUUGCAGCCUGGUGGCUCCGGUGGAUACAACAGCCCUGCACCUUCGCACCCCCCGCAGAACUCCCCGUAUCCCAGUGGUGCCGUUCGUCCUCCGCAGCCGGGAGCCCCGGGACCGCAGGGAGCGCCUUAUGGACCUCCCGGCGGGAUGCCCCCGGCACCGCGCGCGACAGAGCAGCAACUCGGCGCCUACCGACAGCUCUUGCUGGCAACGAUCCAGGAGAACAACCUGCAACCCUUCUACCCCCCGGCCCGUCUGGAUCAACUCGUCCAAGGGCUGGCCACCGAGGCCCCAGCCAAAAUCAGCCGUCUGGUGCACGAGUGGCGUGUGCCCACCGAGGUGGCCACUGAUAUUAUCAAGCUCUCCCUCUACGACGUCAUCCUGUACGUGGAUGACAGUGGAUCCAUCGAGUUCGAAGAGAAUGGCGUGCGGAAGGAGCAGCUGAAGCAGAUCAUCGGCAUCAUCGCCACGGCAGCCGCCACGUUCGACGAGGACGGCAUCUCCGUGCGGUUCAUGAACUCCAUGGAGCUCGGGGAUGGUAUCCGCAGCGUCGACGACGUCCACCGUCUAGUCGGCCGCGUUCGCUUCUCCGGCUUGACGCCCUUGGGCACCGGCCUGAAGCAGAAGGUCCUCGACCCGAUGGUCGUGGGGCCGGCGCGCGCGGGUCGUCUGCAGAAACCCGUCCUGGUCAUCACCAUCACCGACGGUCAGCCAGCGGGUGAGCCCCUCGACUCGGUGGCCAAUUCCAUCCGCUCCGCGACGGACGAGGUGGCCCGCACGCCCCUGGGACGUGGCACGGUCGCCUUCCAGUUCUCCCAGGUCGGCAACGAUGCCAAGGCCCGUGACUUCCUGGGGAGCCUGGACGAAGACCCGAAGAUUGGCGGACUGAUCGACUGCACUUCAAACUUUGAGGUGGAGCAGGACGAGAUGUCGCGCGCCAACCCCCCAGUGUAUCUGACCCGUGAGCUAUGGUGUGCUAAAUUGAUGCUUGGGGCCAUCGACACCUCGUAUGACACGAAGGACGAGAAGGCGAGCGGUCGUGCCGGGGGGGCAGUGGGCGCCCCGCCCGGCCCUGCUCCUGGCCAGUAUGGCGGCUACAGCCAAGCGCCCCCCCGCCGCCCCCGCGGUACUAGGGGGUCUGCCGGAUGAAAUGAGAGGGGAUUAGGUGCGAUGAAGAAGAUUGAUAUCGGACUGUACCCAUUAUGAUUUUUAGUUUUAGUCUUAUUGUUCUUUUCCUUUUCUGUUCCUUAUCUUUCUCUUUCCCUUAUUUUUUUC